UAAUCUACAUGGAAAGCGUCCUGCAGAUUACGCAGUGAGCCAGGAGAUGCUGGCGAUUUUCCAGGAAGCUGCAGAAGGAACCCAAUAUGCUAAUUCUCAUACAUCUCAUAGCCCCUCAGCCACUAUCUCCGCGUCGAGUGAGAGUGCGAGAAGGGAUCAGACUUUGAUGUUAUUGGCCAGCAAGCUAUCAUCGCCUGAGCAGCGUCAGCUAGUCAAACUGGGAGUGCUACUGGGAGGAAGGAUCGUUGAUACCUUUUCUGGCUCAGUGAGCCAUGUCGUCGUGCCAGAAGGACAAAUGCCCACCACCUACUCCACCCUCCUGGGUCUUCUUGCUGGCUGCUGGGUUGUCAAAUACAGCUGGGUGAAAGCAUGUCUGCAGGCGGGAAAGUGGCUGCCUGAAGCUGAGCAUGAAGCGGGAGAAGGCCCUCAGCGCAGUCGGAUCAACAGAUGUAGUUUGCUUCCACCGCUUUUCGAUGGCUGUUUCUUCUUCCUCCUCGGCUCCUUUAAGGGGACGACCAAAAACGAGCUCGCCAAGCUGUUGCGAGAAGGAGGCGGCCAACUUCUGAGCCGGCAGCCAAAGCCGGACAGCGACGUUACACAGACUCUGAAUGCAGCAGCCUACCAUGCAGAGCCAGGCUCUGACCAGGCGCUCUGCACCCAGUACAUCAUCUACGACCCACAAGGAACCUACAAGCCGGCGGUUGUCAGACGAGGGAAAGUGUGGUCCGCUCCCUCAACCUGGAUCAUCGACUGCAUUGCAGCCUUCAGCCUCCUCCCUGUGCCUGAGCAUUAAAUUACAAUCCGUUUUCUUUUUUCUUCCUUUUUUAUUCUCUAUGAAUAACAUUUCUUCUAGAUUUUACUCAAUCUGAAUGCUUUUUAACUUGUGGUACAUUGGUUGUUUUCUAUCACAGAUAACUAAUUCUUUUGCGAACUAAAAUAAUUAUGUAUCAUUUUAUGAUCCUGUGUUUAAAAUGACACAGAUCUAAUGAAGUUGUUCUUUUUAGACUUGUAUUAGUAACAAAUGUUUGCUUUCAGUGCCUCAUAAGACUGAAAUAACUACAAUGGAAAUUGAAAAAAACAAAAACAAAACAAAACAAAAAAUCAAUCCAGCCAGUAAGUUUGUGUUUUCAGAAAAUUAGUUUAUAUAGUUUUUGUGGAGUAGUUUGUGUAAUUGUAUGUUUCUCUGAAUUAAAAAUAUUCUUCAGUA